UGGCGUAUUUCACUUUCGAAUCAUAGUGCUGCUGGGCUGGGCCAAGUGGAGUCAACCGUCAAAGUGUGUGUCUCCUCGUCUACCGCCGGCCGCAUCCUCCUCACCUGACCUCAACCCCCACCACCCACCGUUCGCCGCCGGCGGGCCAAGGAAGGAGCUCAUGGGGAACAUGACUCGCUCGGACUCGCCCGUCUCCCGCCGCAUCGUCCUCUCCUUCCUCGACUUCCUCAACUCCGUUAAAUUAGCUCCUGGGGCUGAUCCCGAAGCUCUCCAAGUUGCUAGGGAUUGCCUGGAAUCCAUUUUUAGUGUCGACUCAUCAGCUGCUGGCGAGGGGAUACAGCCAGGACUGUUACUUGAACUGUUUACUUCCCUUGAAGCUGAUGGAAGAGAUAAGCCAAGACCUGGAUUGGUACCACAAUCAGUAUCAAACAAGCCGAGUACAUCUAAUAUUGAGGAAGACUCUAAUAACUGUACAACAUCAAAUAGUGACAUCCAGGUGGAGGAUACCUUUGACCUAGAUCAUUCAGGAGAUGAACUAUUUGCAAAAGUUUAUGCUGCACUUGAUGAAAUCAAUUUCUUUAAAACAUCUCCUGCUGGAGCUGAAGAUCCUGGCCAACUUUCAAAAGCAACGCAAUACUUCAAUGAAGCAGUACUAUCGAUGCAAAAGUCAGGGAGGAAAAAAGCAAGCUUAGUUGACCUUGCAGAGUCCUUUAAAUCAAGAGGUAAUGAAUUCAUGAGAUCAAACCAACACCUUAAAGCAGUAGAACUGUACACCUGUGCCAUUGCAUUGAGCAGGAAAAAUGCUAUUUACUACUGUAACAGGGCUGCUGCCUAUACCCUUCUUAAUAUGAACAAUGAAGCUAUUGUGGAUUGCCUAAAGUCGAUUGAAAUCAACCCCAACUACAGCAAAGCAUAUAGCCGACUUGGAUCUGCUUAUUUUGCUCUAGGGAAUUAUCAAGAUGCCUUAUACAAGGGAUACUUGAAAGCCGCCGAGCUUGAUCCUAGUAAUGAAAAUGUCCGGCAGAAUAUUGAGGUUACCAAAAAGAAAUUGGAUGAACGACAAGUCCCACCAGAAGAGCAGAAUACGCACACACGUCAAGCUCAAGGAUCACACCCAAUGUUUACAAAUAAUGGUAUUCCUUUUAAUCUGUUUCCACCGGGUAGUUCUGCAAGUCCUGAAUUCUUUGCCAACUUCAUCAAUCGUGGAUCUGAUCUUGGUCAACCACCAUCUGGACAAUCGAUGAGUAUAAAUCUGAAUGACAUUUUUUGUCAAGCAAAUGUCAAUGCUAGCAGGCAAGGAUCGAGUCAAACAGGGAAUUCAAAUACUCCACCCGCUUCUUUCCCAACCGGUGCUGCAGUUCCUCCUUUUGCCUUCUCAGGAUCAGGUAAUGAAGGAAAUCGUGCACACCAAGCUUCUAGUGGACAUGAAAGGGAACAUGGUGAACCAGGCAUACAUAGGGAUGAUGGCAUCCAUAUAAACUUGACAGGACCCGAGCAGGCUGCAGAGGCUUUGAGAACUGUGAUGCAGAUGUUUGGGCCACAAAUGGGUCCACACGAAGGCACACCUAGAGGACCAGGUUAAGGUGUGGGAAGCAGGAAAUGUGUAAAUGUGGCUUACUGUAUACAGAAGUCUUAAAGAUGGCAUGUUAUUUUGUCCUUCCACCCUGAGAAGCGAGCAUGGAAAUUCUUGGGCGCCUUUUCACCGAACAUAGUAUUUUCCUGGCCAUCCCAAUGUUGAUGAAUCAUUAGCUAUGCUGAGUCUUGUUUGUUGAAAUUCUCUGGUGAUUCCAUUUUUACCAUUUUACUUGCCGAUCUAUGUGUAAUCUGAAAGUCCCCCUCCCCCCACGGGACUUUUCUGUUUGACUUGUUGGUUGGCAGUUGUUACUUUAUAAAACAUUUGUAAGUUUAUUAUGUAGGUUGGCAGUGAAAAACUUGUGGGCGGGAUGAAGUCUAUAACCAUAGUCAUUUUAUGAAGAUGAUGGCAUUGGCAAAUGCUUCUGAGGUUGGUGAUGGCCUCUGUUCCAUUACUA